AUGGGGUGCGGGAGGCAUCUGGGCCCAAGGUGGACACGUGAUCCUAGGGCGGAACACAAAUGGCCCGUGCCGAGCCGGCACGAGGCAGAGCGAUUCCUCUUGCGCCGACGUGGGAGGGAUCGUGUGGCGACCUCCGUCCAGCUGCUUAUAACACGGGCGCGCCAGACGGAAAGGGCAAAGCCGCACGUGUUCUGCCCAGAUACGACGGCGCAGGCGGAUCCGCGGGUGGAACCACAGCACGAGCGAUCAGCCGACGUGCCAUCAGGGCGGCUGGGCAUGCAGCCCGGGAGCCAGGGAGACCGGCGUAAAGCGACGGCUCCGGCUCGGCCAAUGUACCCCCGGUCCCAGGAGCAAUCCCCGCGACGACUGCAAGCAUCGCCCGCAAAGCGUCCCACGUCGUGCUCCAGUCGCUGCAGCCGCUGCGCAUCGUGGAGCUACCAGAGGGAUGAAAAUCCAGUCCCCCACAGAGACGCCAAUGUUGACAAGGCAAUCGAGAGCUACGCCAAGCAGAUGCUCGUGAGGGGCAACAGGGUCGUCAUGGACUGCGAAGAGGCGACUGCGUGUCCGGAAAUGGGCAUGAUGAGCCGUGACUUCGGCUCCGUGCACUGGCAGCAGCUGAAAUCCCGCCCCCCGAGGCCGUAUCCUUCGGAGCCACAAUGUCGGCUCCCAGUCCGAGAUGGGGGCUUUGCUGUCGGCGUUGCCCAUAAGCAGGCUAAUUAA